AUGGCCAUGUCUCAUUCAAAGGCAGCCGCGAUGGAGAAAGUCACCACGCCUAAUCAGUCUCUACAUGAGCUGAUCAUUCAACACCCCAAGCUGUCCGACCAUCCUCUGCGCUGGACCGCCCGCCAUCUCGAGCUUCUACACUGCACAUUCCAGCAAAUCGAUAUCCCUCUUGAAGCUAAAACCGGCGCGCAUGAGGAGUGUACCGUGAAGGAUGCAACAGGGCUAGCAAAUAAUCCAUGGUUCGGCGACAUCGAGCGAAAGGCUUCAUGCUUCAGGAACCUUUUCAAUGGAGAAAGAGGUCGUCUAGUGAAUUAUUGCACGGAGCCGACAUUCUACUUCAACGGACAUGGUAAACAUCGUCCACACUGCCCCAUCUACUAUCUUGAACCAACCUAUGAGAAAGAAGACGAGAAUAAAGAAAACAAGGGUCACGAAGACGGGGAACAAGAACUCAGGAAGACUGAGAACCCAGUUAUAGGGUUUUUUGCCUACAGCAGUAUCACGCAACGACGCGCGGAACGAUGUUACCCCAAGCAGUAUCGUAGCAAACCAAAUGGCGAUGCUCAACAGCUUUGGGACCGCAUGGUCAGAGAGUGCACACCAGAGACGUGGUUUCAGGAUCCAUACCUUGUCUGCAUCAUCACAUCUCUAGCACAAUGUCAGUGGAGAGACAACCGCUACAAGUUCUGUCCCGUUCGCCUCGUCGUUUGCCAUGAUGAUGAGAAGGAUUAUGCUUACGUUUAUUACGCCCAGUUCCCAAAAGGAAUACUAGACCAACUAGAUACCCCAGUGUCUAGAACAGAAGCUACCUGGCCGACUAUCUACUACACCAAGAUACCAUUUGAGCCAUAUGGAACAUUUCACGACCGUAUGGAAAAAGCCCUGCUGGAUGCAAAAGUCGGGACGUCAGCUGAGGGGGAUGAGACAGACUGCAAGAGCGUAAACCCAAACGCCACUGCCGAAGUCAGCGAUAUCCGGCAUUCUUUAGGCAUGAUUGAGCUUUCAACUACCAACAAGGGUCUCAUGAACUGA